CACCUCUCGAAAGUAGUGCACGCGAAUAUCGUGUCGAAACAUUUAUUGUAAUUGCUUUUAUUUGACAAUUAUAAACGUUAACGUAUCGACGGAUAUAUAAAUUUCAACGAGAAAAACCCAAAUCUAAACAAUUCUCACGAUAAUAGAUCGUCAACGUCAAGCUACCAAGCAAUGUGCUUCUCUGAGGAUACACGCUUUUUCGAUUCUCCGCAGAUCAUGACAACAACAAAGUCAAUAUCAAACGACCGCUGAGAUAUAAUUCAGAAAAGCAGAAAAGGGAGAACGACGAUACGGACGUUUUCUAUUAAAUCCGACAUUGCAAUUUGCCGGUCGUGCGGAUCAGUGAACGUAAAUGAUAGCGUGGACUAUUCGUAUGGAAUCCUUGAUAAGGAAGAUCUAUAUGAAACGACUACGUAUAUAACGUCAGGAUAAAUGAUAUUUUUCAAGGAUAAGUAUAAUUAAAAAAAAAAAAAAAAAAACUAAAAAAGAAAAAAAAAAGAAACUGAGCAAAGAUGAAAGAGGUAAUAGGUAAUUUAUCAUAUGGAAAUGUCAACCUUUCCAAUAUUAAUUUUACUAUCAGCAAAAACAAACCCGUUUAAAUCCAUUUAAUUAGUCUCCUUUGUUACAAUUUUCAAACCACAUAAAAAUCAAAUUCAAGAUGAAUGAUCGAUGAAAUCGAACCCAACUAAGACAAACGAAAAAAAAAAAAAGAAAAAGAAAAAGAAAAAAGGAAAAACAAAAUUAAAUCAUCGACAAAAUUAUAAUCGAUAACUAUUACAAUAUAUAUUCCAAUCACACAUAAGAAUCAAGUUCGAAGAUAUCAGAGUUAGUUAAAAUAAGAAAAAAAGAGGAAAAAAAGAAAAGAAAAAAGGAGAGAAAGAAAGAAAGAAAGAGAAAGAAAAAUUAAAUCAUUGAGAUCACAAUUUCGAUAAAAUGGAAACGAACAAAUCGUUGCAUAGACCAUCAACAACGAAUGGACAGUGGCAACGUGGAAGUUAUCGUUAUCAAUGUGAAAGAAGGAAACGACGACGACGGAAGCCUUGGAGCGAGAAGAUAUGUGACUGGACCAGGACACUGAUAGCCUUCCUCUUCAGUAACGUUGGCAUAGUAUGCCUCGUCGUAGGUUAUACUAUAGUCGGUGCUUUCCUGUUCACUUAUAUCGAGGCCAAAGACAGCUUGGACAUAUCCGGUGACGUCGUCAAGCAAAGAAACAUCACGGCUGCUAAGCUUUGGGACUUGACCUCAAAGGAGAAUAUAUUCUCUGAGAGAUUAUGGAAAAAAGAAGUUAGAAAUAUAUUAGAGAGGUAUCAACAAAAAAUGGUUAAAAAUAUAAGAGACGGUUAUGAGGUUGUUACUGAAGAACACAAAAAGUGGACUUUUGCGGGUGCAUUUCUUUACUCUCUUACUGUCAUUACGACGAUCGGCUAUGGGAAUAUUUGUCCUAAAACAAAAUGGGGUAAAUUGUGUACUAUAAUAUAUGCCAUAAUCGGUAUGCCAUUGUUUCUACUUUAUUUAAGCCAGAUAGGAGAUAUUUUUGCUAGAAGUUUCAAGUGGAUUUACGCAAGAUGUUGCCUUUGCAAAUGUCAUAGAAAAUCACAUGAUCCGAUUAAUUUGGAAGUAUUAAAAUUACGUACGGAAAUGAAAGUACAAAGAGAUCAAUGGCAGCACGUAGGAGAAACAGAAAUUUCUAAUGUUUAUCAAGAUGUCAACGUAACAAAAAUGAAUAAUAUUAAUAGAAAAGAAAGUAUGAACAAUAAGAUCAACGAUGAUAACGAUAGCUACGAUUACGACCCACAACAAGUAACAGUACCAUUAACACUUUGUCUUGGUAUUAUGGUGGGAUACGUUAUAGCAGGUGCUUUACUAUUUUCAAAAUGGGAAGAUUGGAACAUGUUAGAUGGGUCUUAUUUUUGUUUCGUUUCAUUGUCAACAAUUGGAUUUGGCGAUAUAGUACCGGGUGAUAGAAUUUAUUCGGGACAAGGACUCGAAUUAUCCUUCAUAUUUUGUUUCAUGUAUCUCAUGCUUGGUAUGGCACUCAUCGCUAUGUGUUUCAAUCUGAUGCAAGAGGAAGUAAUUGCUAAAGUUCAUACUCUAGCACGUAUGAUCAAAUACAUCUUCAGAUGCGACAGGUGAUGAUAUUAAGAUGAUUAAAAACGUUCGAUAACUAUAUUCGAGUUCAAUCGAUCUGAAGGAAAAACUAAAGGGAUUCAAAAGAAAUGAAAAGAAAAGGAGAAAAAAUUACUCCAGGAACAACCUGUUAGUCUUAUAUCGUUCUCAUUCGCUUGGACUGAUCUUAUCAUUUCCAAGGAAUUAUAUAUAUAUAUAAAAAAAAAAAAAAAAAAAAAAAAAAAAACAUGCAUCUCAAAAUCCAAGAGAUUGAAGUUUCGUAUUACAAUUUAUGAUAUUCGAAGACAUUCCUACGUCAAUCGUAGAAAAGAAAAAAAAA